ACUGAAUUCAAAAUCAUAUCAGACAGUUAUACAACGAAUGACUGCUGAGGAGGCGACUUGUGCCCUGACAAUGCCCGACGUAGCCGAUGGCGAUGAAAACGGCGACGAUGUACGCAAUGGGGAUGAGGAGGAUGCGGGAGAUGAGGCUGGUGGUGCUGGUGGAUCCUCAUCGCGUGGUGGCAUGCCAAAGGCUAAGAUGGGUGCCUCGCAGGCGGCAGCUGUUACCAAUGUGGUAGCUGGGCGUGUUGGUAAUUUACUGGGCAAGGGCAUUGGUGGACUUAGCUCGAAGCUGGGAAGCGGCGGUUGGUUCUAAAUUUAAGUUCAUAUCCAGCUUUAUUUCUCAUUUUCACUUCCCAGCUUAAUUUGAGCCAAAACACCAACAAAAAAAAAAAAAUAAUAAUAUAAACAAGAAUAUAUGUAAAG